AUUGUACUUUCUAUGGUUAUGUCCAUGCUAUGUCGAGUAGCCAUUGUGUAAAAGGAAUCUGGGAUAAUUUUGUAAAAUAUUAGAUUUUAUUAGUAAUCCUUAACGUAAAGUUAGUUAAUAAGCAAUGGGGGAAAAGGCCGAAGAACAAGUUAAGAAGAAGAGGACAUUCAGGAAGUUUACCUAUCGAGGAGUAGAUUUGGACCAACUUUUAGAUAUGCCUAACGAGCAACUAAUGGAACUUAUGCAUGCUCGUGCCAGAAGGCGUUUUAGCCGAGGCUUAAAACGAAAACCUAUGGCACUUGUUAAGAAACUACGUAAAGCUAAAAAAGAGGCACCACCAAAUGAAAAGCCAGAUAUCGUUAAGACUCAUCUUCGCAAUAUGAUUAUUGUUCCAGAAAUGGUUGGUUCUAUUGUAGGUGUGUACAAUGGUAAGACAUUUAAUCAAGUAGAAAUUAAACCUGAAAUGAUCGGUCAUUAUUUGGGUGAAUUUUCGCUUACAUACAAACCUGUUAAGCAUGGAAGGCCUGGUAUUGGUGCCACACACAGUUCUAGAUUUAUUCCUCUAAAGUAAAUGUGUAUUUGGUGGUUAAUAAAUUUUUUUUAAAGGUA